ACCAGCCUCGCCCCGAAAAUUAGGGAGCUUUGCCUCACUAAAAAAGGUCACCACUACGGCUGAGGUUUAUAUAACACGACACGACACGACACGACAAAACACAUACUUAAUAAACAACUAACUGACAGAUUAUUCAUCACAUAAAUGUCAUUCAAUUUCACUAACUUCACUAAGGACUUAAAGUCUUUAGCCGAUAAAGUUUCUAAUGAAUUCAAUAAUGAAGUAUUACCAAUGGCUCAUCGAACUAGUAGAAUUGUUCAAGAAAGAAUAGGUAAAGUUAAUGUUGAUGAUAUUAGUCAAUUACCUUCUGAAUAUGUUGAAUUAGCUAAUAAAUGUAAUCAAAUUGAAAGUUUAUAUAAAAAUGUAUUAAAAAUCACAACUAAUUAUGAAAAUGAAAGUUAUGAUUAUCCAUUAAAUGUUCAAGAAUCAUUUACAGAUUUUAGUAAAAAUAUUAGUUCUCGUGUUUCAAAUUUAUCAAAGGCAACAACUCCUGCUGAAGCUCAAGCAGCUAUAAUUAAUCCAAAUAGUGGUGAAUAUAAACCUCCUAAAACUUUAUAUCAUGCAUUAGCAAGAGCUACUGAUGCAUCAAUUUUAUCAACAAGUUCAACAUCUUCAGAAGAUUUAUUAGUUAAGGGACUCGAUUUAUAUUCAACAAGUUUAAAUAAAAUUGGUAAUGCAAGAUUAGGUCAAGAUCAAUUAAUUAAAUCUAAAUUUAAUAAACCUUUAAAUACAACUUUAAGACAAUUAAUUAGUCAAAGUAAUAAUAUUCAAAAGAAAGUUGAACAAAAAAGAGUUGAUUAUGAUUUAGCUAGAUCAAAUGUUGCUCAAUGUACUAAUCCUGCAAAAGAACCUCAAUUAAGAGUUAUUAUGGAAAAUGCUGAAGAUGAUUUUGCUAAUACUGUUGAAGAUGCUAUGAAUAUUUUACAAAAUGUAUUAGAAAAUGCUAAACCUUUAGAAGAAUUUUUAGAAUUAGUAAAAGCUCAAUUAGCUUAUCAUAAAUUAGCUAAUGAAGUUUUAGGUAGUUUGGUUGAUAAAUUUGAAUCAUUAAUUGAAGAAAAACAUGGUGAUCGUACUGGUGAUAAUGUUAGUAGUAGAGAAUCAGGAGAUUUUGAUAUUUAAGUGGGUGAUAAGUUUUUUAUAAUUAAAGGUUUGGGUUAUCCCUAUAUAUAUAUA